CUGGAGCUGAUGAUGGAGCUGAAUGAACAGAUGAUGAAACGGUGUGUUAAGUGCAUGCUGACACUGUUGGCAUUGGGAGUGCUGCUUAGAAACGUGAACGGCUGUCCGCACCCCUGCGCUUGCCCCCAGCCUGGAGAAAUUCACUGCACCUUCCGCUCCCUGCUUAACGUGCCCGCCAGCCUGCCCAGACAGGUGGAGCGCCUCAACUUGGGAUUCAACACAAUAAACCGAAUAACAGAGAGCACUUUUGCUGGCAUGCGAAAGCUAGAGCUCCUCAUGAUGCAUGGGAAUAAUAUUCAUAACAUUCCUAAGGGAGCAUUCCAGGACCUGAUAUCCCUUCAGAUGAUGAAAAUGAGCUACAACAAGCUGAAAGUAAUUAGCAGGCACACCUUCCAAGGUCUCUGGAGCUUAGCCAGGCUCCACCUGGAUCACAACCAUCUGGAGUUCAUACACCCGGAUGCAUUCCAAGGACUCACUUCUCUCCGUCUGCUGCAGUUGGAGGGCAACCGGCUCCAGCAGCUCCAUGCAGCCACUUUCGCAACACUUUCAAUACUGGGAUACUUUCCGAUGUCCACACUCAGGCACCUGUACCUGUCUGAGAACGGGCUGACGGCACUGCCGCAGAAGAUGUUAGCUGGCAUGCCUUAUUUGGAGAACUUGUUUCUGCAUGAGAACCCCUGGACCUGUGACUGUCGGAUGAAAUGGUUCAAUGAGUGGGAUUCAAAUGCACCAGGUGUGCUCAAAUGCAAGAAAGACAAAGUAAGUCAGUUGUGCCCUGUAUGCGUCACUCCAAAACAACUAAAGAAAACAGAUCUUCGGGAGCUAGAGAAGCUCAAAUGCACCAGUCCCGUCAUCAGUGCCCCACACAGGACCUCUGCUCCAAACACAGAAAGCGAACUCUUGACCUUAGCUGACUUUCAGCAACCUUUUGGAAAUGUUUCACUAGACCUGUCGGAUGAACACGGGAACCAAGUGGAUCUGAACUGUCAUGUCAAUGACCCCACAGAGUCAACCAGAAUCAACUGGGACCAUUCUAAUCCAAAUCAGAUUAAUGCAAAUGUGACACUGACGUUAGAUCUGGAGUGCUCGAUCGACAGGUCCAACUACGAAAGGCUGUGGAGACUGAUUGCAUAUUACAGCGAUGUACCCGCCCACUUGAAGCGGGAGAUCAUGCUAAGCAAAGAACCUCAGAUCAGCUACAGGUAUCGACAGGAUGUGGAAGUGGAUGCUGUUUACUUUACCGGUGUGAAAGCCAAUAUUGUGGCAGAACCUGCAUGGAUAAUGCAGUCAACAGUGAACCUGCGGUUAAACCGACCCCAAUCCUCAAGUAAACAGGUUAAACUCAUUCUCAGCACUAAUUUAUCCCAGCUGUUAGAAUCAGAAACAGAGAGGCAACAAAGCAGAAACUGGGUGAUGAUAGAGACCAAAAACACCACUAGAACAUUGCAGACCGUUGUGAUAGGGAGUCGAGUACAGAUGAACUGCAACGUGCACAGCUCGGGAAACCCAUCAAUUAAAUGGAUGCUGCCUAAUGGCGCCAAAGUCGAGGCUCCAUAUCAAAGCACUGAUAACAGGAUAUCAGUUUCCCAGUCUGGUUUGUUGGCAAUAACAGCAGUGGAUUACUCAGAUUCAGGAGUAUACUACUGUAUAGCACAAGUAAUGGGGGAUAUUAGCGUUCUUCCUUUUCGUCUGACAGUGGAGGAGUCUUCUAGUCCAGGACCAGGAGAUGAAGGUGUGGCUGAACCAAUGUCAGGAGUUGCUGGCAGGCCUGUUUCCAUUCCCUGUGUGACCUCAGGCUCUCCCGAUCCAGAUAUAAAUUGGAUCCUGCCUGACAACAGAAUUAUAAACACAUGGUCAAAAUCAUCCAGGAUGUCUCUGGCCUCAAAUGGAACUUUGACUAUCCGCUACAGCCAGCUGGUGGACAGCGGUUAUUAUAAAUGUGUGGCUGAAAGUCAACAUGGUGUAGACAGAUUGGCCACAAAGGUAACUUUGACAAGACUCUCUGGUGGACAGCCUCUGAGAAAAUAUUCCAGCAGACCUCAGCCUGCAGAAAGAGCCUCUACCAAAAUAAUACCUCUUACGGAAAAUGGUCUCGAGGCAUCUGGAGACAAUGAAAAUGCAGAGCCAGAGGAAAAAACGCCUAGUGUACGAGUGGAUACUUUUAAUAAAAGAAUACCAAACGUUGUUCGAGGUGGGCAUCCGUCCAGAAAGGUGUGGAGACAUCCUUCUAUGCCGAGAAGACGAAUCACGCCUCCUGGAGUUAACAGAAAUAACUCAGUAGACCCAAGAAGAAGAGUCAAUACUUUAAAUGGUCAAAUAGAUCCAGAGCGAUGGGCUGAUAUUUUGGCAAAAGUUCGCAAAGGUGGCAGCAGUUCGAAGACAACUACAACUCCAAGUUUAGUUCAAUCACAGCUGCUUGAAUUUACCACAGCGAAACAGUCCGAAGCUCUCGAAAGGACUGAAGAAUCAUCACCAGAUAUUACUACCACCAAAGCACCAAUGCAUGAAGCAUCAUAUCCAGUCACCGUUUCAGAGGCAUCAAUUAAAACCACUGUAGAGAGUUUAGAUAUAAAAUCACUAGACUCUAAAGACCAGAUGCACAUAACCUACCAAAUUGCUGCUCCUGAAACCAACCAAGAUUUAGACUUGUUUACAACCACCAUAAACGCUGUGCAGACCACAACUGGACCACAGCCUACAAGUUAUUCCGUAAUGGAUCGAAAUGUUGCCAAAUGGGAUAGUGUAAACUACGUUGAGAGUACAACAUCAUACGAAGCUUUCAUUCUGAGAAAUCAAAGUCACACUUCGGUUAAUAAAGUAACUGAUGCAAGUCAGACGUCUGAAGGUGAUGACAAUCAUAAUAUUAGUGAUGAAUACAGCCUUUUAAAAAGUUCUAGCCAUGUAGUGGGGCUUGAUCAGGAAAAGUCAACACACAGCCCAGUAUUGACCACAGUUGUGGCUUUUAAUGGCCAAACUGCUGAAAAACAGUCUACUCCUCACUUGUUUACUGACACUUCAGAAUCAGCAACUCGAGCACACCAAGAAACUUCAAAAAUUCCACUGUUUAUUACUGUGGCACCAAGAACUAAACCCAGCGACCGAGAAACACACACUACAUUAAUUUAUAUUGCGCCUCCCUUACGUACUAGGAACUCAUCCAGUUCGCGACGUAAGAAUGGCGGCAGACGUAAAAGGCCAGAUAGAAUUAGGACAAAACAGAAUAGCUACAAAUCUGCACACGUCACAAGUACCACAUCACAGCCCACUACUUUAGCCCCGGUUUCUGAGAUCGCCAAGAUGACUGCUUCCUCAGAGUCUAAAAUAAAAACAUCUACAUGGGCUACGAGCAGCGGAGCCCAAGUGAACACCACAGCUCCAUUUACUGACAGCCAAGCAACGUCACUUAGCGAAAUGAAUCAUAAAAAGAACACAGAGCUUUUAUAUACUGGCCAGAGUAAUUUAUCCCUUGAUCCUUUUCUCAAUAAGAAAGAGCCUGAAAUAGAGCAUACAACCUUGUCACAUGCCAAACUACUCAAUAUAUCCACGAGCACUGCAGUAGUGUCAGUCUCUCCAUCGACAUCUCCAGGUUUUACAGGGCAAGAAAAAUCAAGAACAGACGGGCAAACUGUUUCCACUUUAUCUCCUCUAAUUCAAAACACCCCAGCCACAUCAGCUGACCAGGAAGGGUUCACAAGCAUCCGGCCCACGGUAGAUAAACCGUUUGAAGAUCCACAACGUAAAAGGGUUACGGGAUACUUGCUUAAGUCUGACAAAUCCCCCGAGACUCCUCAUUCACUGCUAGAAAUAAUACCAGGUGGAGGUCGAGACGAAGUAAAGAAGCCUCAUAAUAUAAGUGAACCAGAAAAUGUGUCUGCAUCUGAAGGCCUUGUGGGAGAGUUUUCAACGAGGCCUUACUCCUCAUCUGCUGCAAAUACCGAGCAUGAAAUCAUCGCAAGCCAUGACUCAGAAUUCCCUAGUGGCUCAACAAAAGCAAACCUCUAUAAGGGGGCACAGGAGGAUUCUCAGGUUACAACGGAGAGACCCAUAACUUCGCAAAGUGCUCAGUCUGGAACGGCUACCACAACAAAACUAAGCAGUGCUUCAGAGGAUAAAGAGAAUGGAUAUCCUCUCAGGAAGCCUGGAUUUACUGAAGCAAAUGUGUCUUUGAUGGAAGGUGAUUUUUAUUUUACCACCCUAAAAACAACAACAUCAACUGUUACUUCUACUACUACUAUAAAACCAGCAACCGCCACAAUAAAACCAUCAACAACUACACCCCCAACAAUACAAGCAACACCAAAGACAAUAAAAACAUCUAAAAUUUACACUUAUGUUCCUUUCCAAAAUAUCCCAAAUUGGGGUAGGAAAGGUGUACCAGACAGUUUGAAUCACAUACCUGACAGACACCAGGACAGAAUUUUAACCACAGAACGGAAUAUCAAGCCAUCGUUUCCUCAUUCUACAAGUCUAUCAGAAUAUACUAAACUAGAACAAACCACUACAAGACCAAAAUCUCAAACCACACUUUUAAAAGCUCCUACAACUGCCCAGAAGUUCCCAAUGGUUCAUUCUCCAGGACUGACCACUCCUUUAAAGUCAAAUGGUAAUUCUUCAACUGUCCAUUCUACAGCUGUCUCUAAUAGUCAUUAUAAUCAGCAACUACCAGUUGUCCCAGGUAGGAGAGGACAGCCUAGAAUAACCAGUACUGAUAUAAAGACGGUGGCAGCACAGGCUGAAUCUGAUGCCCAUUUGGACUGUGUGGCUGCGGGAGAGCCAAGCCCCUUUUUCUCCUGGACUAAAGUCUCCACAGGAGCCAGCAUUGCUCAGAACACCAAGAUUCAGAGGUAUGAAGUUCACUCUAACGGCACCUUGAUAAUACGCAAGGUUCAUCCUCUGGACCGGGGCCAGUACCUCUGCAAGGCCCAGAACCAGUAUGGUGAGGACAAGAUGGUGGUCAAUUUGAUCGUCUUAGCAAGACAUCCCAGAGUGUUGGAGCCCCGCUAUCGAGACACAACUACACAUCUGGGAGAUCCUGUUGAACUGGAAUGUCGCUCUCAGGGGCACCCUUUGCCUCGUACAACCUGGCUGCUCCCUAACAGGGCAGCGCUACAUAAUGAUGCUCCUUCAGCUGGUACACCUGAGCAGCGGGGUUCCGUUUUAGCCAGUAGCACACCGGAUCAACGGAUUUUAGUUUUAUCCAAUGGUACACUCAGGAUUACAUCUGCUACUUACACUGACAGAGGAGUAUAUAAAUGCAUUGCCAGCAACGCAGUUGGUGCAGACUCUAUAUCUGUCCGCCUUACAGUUACUUCUACACCUCCGAUUAUCCAACAACCAAGGCAGGAAGACCUUACUCUUUCAGAAGGCAGCACUGCCUAUCUGAACUGCACUGCCAAAGGUAGUCCUAGCCCUACAAUCAGCUGGUCUACACCCAAAGGCUUGCAGCUCCGUCCUUCAGAAUUUGUUACCGGGCACAACUCAUUUGUUUUCCCCAAUGGGACCCUGAUUAUUCGUGGACUGAGUCAAGCAGAGACAGGAAAAUAUGAAUGCACAGCUACGAGUACAGUUGGGAGUUCAUCCAGAAUUCUUAGAUUAACUGUGAAAAAAUCCAUUGCAUCAGCCAGAGCCAGGAUUACUUCCUCAUCUCCACAGAAAACAGAUGUUGUAUAUGGGGGAAAGUUGCAACUGGAUUGUGUUGCAUCAGGAGAUCCAGAGCCCAGGGUCAUCUGGAAGACUCCAUCCAAAAAGCUUGUGGAUGCUAAUUACAGUUAUGACCCACGAAUCAAAGUGUUCGCCAAUGGUACACUCCGCAUCCACUCUGUGACGGAAAAAGAUGAAGGCGACUAUCUUUGUGCUGCACAUAACAAAGCUGGAGAUGACUACAUUCUCCUCAAAGUCACCAUCUUGACAAAACCUGCCAAAAUUGAGCAAAGGACACAAGCUGACCAGAAGGUGAUGUACGGUGGUAACCUCAAAGUGGAUUGUGUUGCAUCCGGCCUUCCGAACCCAAUGAUCCAGUGGGCUCUGCCAGAUGGAACUAUGAUCAACAGCAUUAUGAAAUCUGGCACCAGUAAUGGUCCCAGACAUAAAUAUGUCGUUUUCGACAAUGGAACCCUCUUCUUUAAUGAAGUUGGGAUGCACGAGGAAGGAGAUUACACGUGCUAUGCUGAGAACCGGAUCGGCAAGGAUGAGAUGAAGGUGCAUGUCAAAGUUCUGGCAGAUGUACUGGUGAUCAAAAACAAGACCUAUGAAGUUGUCCGAGUCAUGUACGGAGAAUCAGCCUCACUGAAGUGUACCGCUAAAGGAGAUCCUAACCCUCACAUACUGUGGUUCUCACCAAUCAAUAGAGCAAUACCCUCAGCCUCAAGCAAGUACUUGAUCCAUAAUGAUGGAACAUUGGUCAUCCAGAAUGCACAGCGAUUUGAUGGUGGGAACUAUACCUGCCUUGCUAGAAACAGUGCAGGACAAGAUCGGAAGGUCACCAAGCUAGAGAUCUUGGUCUCACCCCCUACUAUCAAUGGAUUAAGCAGCUCAACAAACUAUUUGAAAGUGUCUGGUGUGAAGGAUCAAAGGAAGUUGAUCCAUUGUAAGGCAACUGGCACUCCUGUACCUCUUGUGAUGUGGGUCCUUCCAGAGAACAUCAUUCUUCCAGCACCAUACUACGGAAGCCGGAUGACAGUUUAUCAAAAUGGCACUCUUGAUAUUCAUUCAUUGAAGAUAACCAAUGGAGCCAAAUUGACCUGUAUCGCUCGUAAUGAAGGUGGAGAGGCAAUGCUUGUUGUGCAACUUGAUCUUAUAGAUCUUUUAGAGAAACCAAGACUUAGAAGUCCCAAAACAGAAUCUCAGUCUAUAACUGUAGGGCGGAUGAUGAUUUUAAAUUGUUCCAUUGAGGGUCCCACAUCUCCACAACUGACCUGGGUACUUCCUAGUGGAGAUCAACUAAUAAGUGGUACCAAAUUUAACAAGUUCUACCACAAGCCUGAUGGGACGUUGGUUAUAAGUAAUCCUGCACUUUCAGAGACAGGAACCUAUCGAUGCUUGGGACGCAAUUCUGGUGGAGUGGUAGAAAGGACUGUUGUGCUAACUCCAGGGCGGAAACCGGACAUCAGCAAUAGGUACAACUCACCUGUUAGUGUCAUAAAUGGUGAAAGCUUACAGUUACACUGCCUGUCAGGCAGUGAACCUGUCCGCCUUACCUGGACCUUGCCAAGCGGGGUUGUUCUAAACCGACCUCAACGGGCAGGUCGCUACGCUGUUCUACCAAAUGGAACCCUUAACAUCCAGCAGGCUUCUGUGUACGACAGGGGUUCUUACACCUGCCGUGCUGCUAACGAAUACGGAAGCUCCUUGCAAACAGUCUCAGUUGCUAUAAUCGCAUACUCGCCACGAAUCUCAAGUGGCCCUGCUCUUUCAACAUACGCAAAAAGAGGAGUUGCUGUUCAGCUGAACUGUGCAGCGACUGGUAUUCCCAAGCCCGAGGUGGCAUGGGAGAUCCCGGACAGAACACGGUUAAUAGUCAGCUCUCAGCCACGAGUGUUUGGAAACAAGUAUCUACACCCUCAGGGCUUCUUGAUAAUACAAAACCCCACGCCAAAAGACACAGGUUUAUACAAAUGCACUGCUAGAAAUGUGAUAGGGGUUGAUUCAAAGGGCACAUACCUUAAUGUGUACUGA